AUGGCGCCGCUGAUGCGCAUGAUGCAGCGGGGGAUAGAAUUUAUGGGGAGGCAAUGGAACUUGUUUGAUAUAGCCUCAUUGGUUGUGGGAAGUCCAAUUGAAUGGGUGAGCACACACAGGUACCACCACCAGUUUACUGACACAAAGAAAGACCCUCAUAGCCCUCUUAUGGGAUUCUGGUUUAGCCACAUUGGUUGGAUAAUGAACCACAGCUUUCGGCAGCCGUACUAUAGGUUUCUUCAUCGCACCUACCUUCUUCACUCGGCUCUUCUUGGAGUUCUACUAUAUGUCAUAGGAGGACUGCCCUAUCUUGUUUGGGGAAUGGGUGUGAGGACCGUAAUUGUUUACCACAUUACAUUUUCAGUAAAUUCAAUUGGCCACACAUGGGGAAAGCAAGUUUGGCACACCGGUGACUUGUCUAGAAACAACUGGUUGGUGGCAUUGACAACUUUUGGAGAAGGCUGGCACAAUAAUCACCAUGCUUUUGACUACUCAGCUCGGCAAGGUCUAGAAUGGUGGCAGAUUGAUAUUACAUGGUAUUUGAUAAGAUUUCUUCAAGUGGUUGGUCUGGCAACCGACGUGAAAACACCAACUGAGACUCAGAAGAAACGAAAAGCUUUACACAACGCUAGCAAUUAA